GUAGAAUACCGAGGUUCUUGGCAAUUCAAGUCAAUGUCUAAAAAUACAAUCUGCAAGUUACUGUUUAGUACCAGUAUACUAGAAGUUACCAUGCACUAAACACUAUUGGUGACUAAGAUGUGUAAAAACUGUUUGAAAAAUGGAUACGUCAAUAGGAAUCUCAAAAUGUCUGAGUACAGAGAGGACCGUUACUUCCACGGCGAAGUACAAAAUUGGAUAUUCCGAAAAGUUUGGAAGAUACAUGGUAGCUACCAAACCGUUAGCCGCCGGUGAUAUAAUACUUCGCGAGGAACCGGCAGCUGUUGGGCCGUCAAUUUAUGAAAAUCAAAACUUUUGUUUCGCCUGUAUGAGAACCAUUCAAAACUCUCCAAUGCAAUAUUAUUGCUCGAAAUGUAAGGUCGUACCGUUAUGCGGUCCAGCGUGCGAAAAAAUAUUCAUGCAUCACACAACGGAUGAAUGCAAUCUUUUUCGAAGCGGAAAAAAUGUAACAUCAAAAGCUGUGCCGCAAAUUUUGCAAAUUUUACUACCACUGAGGCUAUGGCUGAUAAAGUUGAAGGAUAAUGAAACAUGGACCAGAAUAAAGAACAUGGAAAGUCACAUAGACAAAAGACGCGGUACUAACGUCUGGAUGAGUAUAGAAAUGCAAGUGAUAAACGCAUUCGAAGAGUACAAAUUACAUCCAGAAAACGUGGAAGAUCCUACCGAAUUUCUACAAUUUCUUUCGGGCAUUUUGGAUGUAAACAGUUUCGAGGUUCGUUCCCCAGGGGAUGCAAUACGCUCCACAAGACUUCUACGUGGCCUCUACGUGGAGGCUGCACUUAUGGCUCAUAGUUGCAAAGCCAACACUCAUGUCACCAUAGACGAAAAUUUUCUGAUGACUAUUUAUGCCAGUGUUCCAAUUAAUAAGGACGACGCAAUUUUCUUCAAUUACACGUCAUGUCUCCUGGGUUCAGCAGAGAGAAGGGAACAUCUACGACAUGGAAAAUACUUCGAAUGUGAAUGCACAGUCUGUAAAGAUCCGCGCGAAGAUAGCUCGAAUCUGAGUUCACUUUUAUGUCCACGUUGUAAAGAAGGUUUUGUUGUAAUAAAAAAUCCAUUGACUACCGAUCCUUAUUCUCGUAGAAGUUCGUGGAAGUGCUGUCAUUGCCAAAAACAAUUUCAUGGCAACAUGAUCAAGUACACUUUGGACAUUGCAAGAUCACUCGUGGAUGAUACUGAUCCAGAGGAUCUCAAGGAAACCGAAAACUUAUUGUCAAAGUUGUCAAGGUCUCUUCACACUAAUCACUACCUGAUGCUGAUUCUGAAACAGAGGUUAUUAGCUGCAUAUAAGAGAUACAUACGCAUCAUGGAUCUGGAUUCUGAAAUACUUCAGAAAGCGGUAAAUUUGUGUAAUGAAGUUUUGAACGUUUUGGACAUCGUGGAACCGGGCAUAUCAAGGUUGAAGGGUAUUACCUUAUAUGAAAAACAUCUUCCUUUGGUAAUCAUGGCAAAUCUUGCAUACGUUUCCAAAGAGAUCGCGGCGGAUGAACUUGUCUCACGGCUUGAGGAAGCUGCUGAUAUUCUCAGAGCUGCACUGAAGAUACUUCUUCUGGAUCCCAUUGCUACUCCUGAAGGACGUCUAGCGAAGUGCGCGCUUCAGGAAUUAAAGUCGCUUAUGGAAAGUAUUGCUGACGCGAAGAUACUGCGUCUGACGGAAACUAAGAAGAAGAUGGUACUUGAGGAUUGAUUCAUAGAUAUUAUUAUAUGUAUAUCCUUUAUUAAAUUAUAAAUGCAUAUACGUCCAAGAAAUCUUUACUUUAUGACUUUUAUAUAUGAGUUAUGUUAUUUUUGAGUUUAAAUAAAUUUUAGAAAGUUGACAAAUAAUAAGGAAACAAAUCCAAUUCCUGUUUCUAUAAUA